UCCUGCCCUUGUGCUCUUCGGCUGGGAUUUGUGCCGGGGCACCUUGCUGCUCUGCAAAAUACCCCCAGAUGAUUUUUUUGCCCCUCCAUCAUCUGGCCAAGCGCUCGGUCCAGGAGCCGGCUCCCGCGUUUCUGCUGAGCUGAAUCUCCCGGUGUACGUGCGGUGAGAAAAGGUCUCUUGGGCUGCUGAAGUGUUCAGCAACACGACUCAGUGCUUUGAAUACUUUCCACUCAAAAAACCAGUGAAAAAGUCAUUCAGCCAAAAACAGGAAACACAUGGCCCAGAGCAGCACCCCUGAUUUGAGUAUACCUGCUCUUAUAAUGAGCCCAGCAGCAGAUAUUAACUCCACUGCCGCAGAAGCUCCGUGAACCGAGGCAUGGGCUGCAGCGUCUGUCUCUGGCUGCUGAUCUCUCUCAGCCGUGUUUGGGGCAUGGGCCGCGGGGCGAGGGAGACGGUGCUGGGCACCUUGGGGAAGACGACGAUAUUGCGGAUCCCCCCCGAACUCCAGAACCUCACCCUGCGCUUCGGGGCGGCUGUUUGGAAGCGGGACACGGAGGACCCGCAGAGUAAGCUCGUCCUGCUCAAGUACUUGGACGGCAACUACACCAACUACAUGAAGGAACGAACUUUCUUCCACAAGUCGGACUUCUCCCUGGAGAUCCUGAGCACGAGCCGGCAGGACAGGCAGCUCUACGAGUACAUCGUCAGCAAGGGCCCGGAGGAGAAAGUCUGGCAGAUACGGCUGGAGGUGUACGAGCCGGUGUCUGAUCCCCGCAUCGAGGUCCUCAGCUGGGCGCCGGCCAACGGCAGCUGCACCGUCACCCUCAACUGCACGGCGGAGCGAGGGGACAACGUCUUCUACAGCUGGGGCAGCCGGGACACCGGCACCUCGGGGCUCUGCUCCGGCAACGGCAGCCUCCUGCACUUCUCCUACCCCAUGCAAAACUCAAGCAUCACCUGCGCCUGCACGGCCAGCAACCCCGUCAGCAGCCGGGUCGUCACCUUCAACUCCUCCGAGUGCAGCUACGAGCAAGGGGGCAGCGCGGGGUUGAGGACGAAGCAUCUCGUGCUGAUGGUGCUGGUGCCCAUCGCGGCAGCGAUGAUCCUCACCGGGGUCUUUGUGGCCAUCCAUUUGGUCACACCCACUGCCGGCCGGCAGCAGGAGCUCGCCAGGGACAACGCGGUGCACACGAUCUACUCCCAAGUGCAGAGGGUGGAGAAGCCGAAAGGGGCCCCCGCCGCCGAGCACCCCUCCUGCACCACCAUCUACGCCGCAGCCACCGGCUUGCCCCCGGCCACGACCCCGGCCCCCGGCAGAGCCCCACGGCCCCCCUGCAACCCCCCGACAGAGCCACCCGCCCCAUCCCACUCACAGAGCCCCGACAAGGAGCCCACGACGGUUUACGCCAGCGUGAUGCUGCCCGUGGCCUGAGCUUCUCCGGGCAGCACCCCAGCCUGGCUUCCACCUCUGCUCGCCGGGCACCGCCAUCCACAUUCCCAGCUGGAGGGAAACCCCGCUCGUCCCUGGGGAACUGGGGGUAAAAUCCUCCGGGACAUGCCAACCCUCGCCACAGCCAAGCUGGGACUGCAACACCGGCCCACGGAGGGGUGAGGGACGGUGGAGCAAAGAGCAGGGCUGAAGCAAAGCAAGAAAUCUCCCCAGGCUGUGGCUAAGGGCGGCCAGGAAGAUGCUGCAGCGCCGGGAGAGGGUAGAGGGGCUCUGGAUAUGACCCCACAGCCGGGCAGGAGCGAAGGAGAGAGAAUCAGUGCCUCGGAGGGGAAGGCUCAGCCUAUCAGCACCGCGGUGCAGCACCGGCAAGUAUGGCCGGAGCAGGUUUGCACCCCAACCUCGUCCCUGCCCCGUGGAUUUUUCACCCCAUGGCCUCAUCCCGUGGCCCGGCUUCGCUAGAGGGAGCCCCCGGCUCGUGGCAGCCGGUGACGCGCAGGGAUGUGGGUUCAACGGCAGCGGGGAAAAAUCAGAAGUGCGUUGUUUUGGUGUGAUUUUGUUUUUGUUUUGUGUGUUUUUUGUUUUGUUUUGUUUUGUUUUUUGUUUUUUUUUUUCUUCACCUCUGCUCCGUGACUGAUUACAAAAUGCCUGGGUUUGCAGCCCAAGGGGAGAAGAAAAUUUUGCAAUCCCCUCCGGGCUGAGCCCUGCCCAGCGCCUGCCCAGCCCUGGCUUGACCCCCUGCACCGGGGGCACCGGCAGUUGCGUCCCACUGCACUUUUCCAUCCCUGAUCCUUUUCCACUGAUGACCACGGGAACAGGCGAGGAUCUUCCAGGUGGACUAUUUCAAGCUGAAUUUCUGUCUGAGAGGGGGAGGCAGCCCCUGGCCUCAGCAGCUCCAGACGUCCCUGCAGAUGCUGGGGUGCAGGAUGCUGGAGGUGGCCUGGAUGAGGGACCAAGGCUGUUAAAAUCUUUCCAACCCCUCUCAAGCUGAACUAUUUUAUAAUCCCAACAUAACUCAGCUCACACAACAGGUCUGAUCUCGUGUGCCGCUGCUAAGGGAAAGGAAAAUAAAUUUAUAGUAAAGCCUUUGGGAAA